UAAGUUAUAUCUCUAUGGGUUGGUCAAGGCCCUGACUUGCUCCAGUUACCCACAAAUUGCCAAAGUCCAAGCUGGCGGGGUAUACAGCCACCAGAGCAGAAGCCAUUGCCAUUUGGCAGUGUAAACAGAGCGAUAUGAAUGUUGGAUAUAUCAUGUGCAUGGGGAGGAUAGAAACUCCUACAGUGCAUUUCACACAUUAUCGCCAAUUCUGUGACAGCUAGUUUUAUUUAUUUUUGUACCCAAUGCUUUGGCAUUUGUUUGGCUCCCCGCUUAUCUUAUCGGGGGUGUCGGAGUGGCAGAGACUGUGACUGGGGAACAAUUAAACGUGCGAUAAGCGCCCAGAGAAUUCCAAACGCUGGUCCCAGUCAGUCAGUUGAAAUUGGAGCUGCCUGCGAAUUAUCCACCAUUCAUGACCGACUGGCAAUCGAGCCUCUGACACUGCGUCAUUCAAAUCGCAAAGAAAAGGAAGAUUGGCCAAGUAAAAGUCAUCAUCAGAAGCCCAAGAAGUGAUUUGUGGUCAACUUGUGUUGCCGCUGUGCAAGGUGUUGCUGCUGGAGUUGCAAUUUCGUUUGCUAUUGCAACUUCUUCGGCCAACAACACUUGGCGGAAAUAGGCACUUAAAAAGCGGAAGAGUGACGUCACUUGCCACCAAAGAAGGAGGAGAAGGAGGGUUUCGCUGGUCAGCUGCCUCUGCCUUUGGCGGGUAUUCCGAUAAGCCCAAGUGCAGCCAAUCGAGAAGAAGUGAAGAGGAAAGGGCGGACCACGAUAAGCGAUCCCAGCAUCAUGCAGACGACGACACAUCAACGGCCAGUAACGCCUGGCACUCCAGACUCGGCACAUAUCGUGAUCGGCGCCGCGGGACUUGUGGCACAUGAGAGACGCCAGCCCGGAAAGACCCUGAUGAAUUGUUUCCGCGACCGCUCCACGACAUCGUCGUCGUCGUCGCAGGCCCAACACGUCUAUGUGCGCGGCCACAGCGUCACCUCGGGCACCCUGUUCCGCCUGGAAGGCAAUGGCGGUUCCAACAGUAACUUGGACAAAGCAGGCAGGCAGGAAACUGGACGACCCGAGGCGGUCGUCCUGCUGAGAGAGCUGAAGACCAAGCCCAACAAACUGGCGCUGCUCAAGAGCAGCAGCAGCAGGGAUCUGACCCGCCUAUUCCUGGAUGAUGCGAACAACACGGCCGUGCUGGUGUCCAACACCAGCCUGGAUGUCUGCUCCUCGAACUCCAGCUCCGGCGGAAGUCCGGCGGUGGGUAGGUCCAGGGUCAGGGAUCGCCACAGCGCGGUGGAGUGCUGCAGCAGCUGCUCGAAGCGUUGGCAUGACCUCAAGCAGCGUAUGCACACGCUAGAGCAGGACCUGCUAGUCCAGACCACUUACAGUCAGGAGUUGGAGCAGAAAGUAGGCGAAAUGAGUCGACAGUUGGGCGAGCUGCUUCAGGAGCGGGACAGAGACAGGGAAAGGCAGCGCCCCGCAGGAGGAGGAGGAGGAGGAUCCGGCAGGCGUCAUCCCCAUCCCACAGGCAGUCCCAAUGUCCGACCCUCACGCCUGGUGGCCUGGAUGAACCUGUCCAACUGGUUUAAGAGCAGGCCCAGCGUGGAGACCCUGCGAGAACAGCGCAUCUUCUUCGACGAGCCCUGCUUCGAUACGGAACUGGAGAUGGUUCUAAAGCACGAACAGCAUAGCACUGUGCCCCGGAUCGUUGUGGACUGCUGCCAUCUCAUCGAGAAGAUGUACCGCAGCUCCACGCAGCCCAUUGAGGGCAUCUACCGGCAGUGCGGCGAUUACAACAAAAUCCAAACGCUGCGCUUCAGCAUCGAUGCCAAUGACUAUGACGCACUGAAGCAGCCGGACGUGGAUAUACACACGUUGACCGGGGUGCUGAAGCUUUUCCUGCGUGAAAUCAAGAGUCCGCUGGUUAGUGUCAACGAGGCCAAGACCUUCAUUGGAUCGGCCAAUCAGUGGUUGCUAACCGAUCUCUCCGUCAAGCUGGACACCCUAAAAAGACUGAUACGCUCGCUGCCGGAGAGCAACCGCGACACCAUGGAGUAUAUCUUCGGGCACUUCAAUAAAUUGACUAAAGUACCACUGCAGCAAAUCAGCGCCGAGACGCUGUCCAUAUCGGUGACACCCUCGAUCUUCCACACGGUGCCGCAGGGCGUCCACAUGCAGGACAUCCAGAAACUGCUGCGCGAAGGCGAAACUUUAGCCGACUGCGUCAAGCUGAUGAUCGAGUACCAGGGGCGCAUAUUCGAUUAUGUACGCCUCAUCCAAACCGCUCCCCUGUGCCGUUGUCUCGAACGUAUUGCUAACCACACGAAAUUGAACCUGAACCCAACACCCUCUGUACCUGCUACCCGAAUCCCUAUUCCCAACGAUCCCGUCGUCUACAGAUGCACCGCCGAUCGCCGCCAGCGUCGUCUGAGCAUGCGCAACCUGAAGAAGACUCUGUCGCAACCGGACCUCCUCUUCCACAAUCUGUUCUGAUCUGACCCGAUGAAAUGGACCCCCGGGAUCCAUAGGACCUCAGUCCUUUGAUCCUUUAUGCCAGAGAGAGCACUGUACAUAUUGAAUGACUUUAGGCUUAAGCUUACUAACCCACAUACAGGGACACAAGCAACUACUACGGCCACAAAUAUUAUAUUGAUUUUUUUAUAUCAUAACUUUUUUAUUUAUGUUUAAUCAACUUUAAGGUUUUAUCCUUCAUAGAAUAAAAAAUAAAAUAUUUUAUUAGUGCUGUUUUCACAUUUUUCAUUUGAGUAAUAAACAAAAUGACUAAUGCUUUUAUAAUCUUCC